AGAGAUAGUAACAUAUGAGGGAGUUGUUAAGUGGGGAUGAACACAAGCUCUUAAGUUGACUUGCAACUCUCCCCAUCUCUCAAUAUCUGAAUUUCUUAAACAAAUUUUGUUUGUUUUCACCAGCGAUGAACAUUUUCCUUGUUUCUUAAACGCCAUUCAAAUAUAAAUACCAAGAGAGAUAAAAAGCCAAGGUUUUUGAAAAUGAUUUCAGACACAAUACCUUCAAGUUUCCCCAAUGCAUCGCAAGCUUUACCUAUGUAUCCUAUGACUGAUCAUCAAGACCAUAUUAAUGUUCCAUAUUCUUGUCUUGAAGCACCUGGUUCAGGCUCAGAUCUAGCUCCUUCAACCUCUCUCCUCUAUAACCUAUCCAUCUUGGAAGACAAAGUUAAUCAGCUUCAAUCACUUGUUAGCAACCUUAUCUCCCCAGAUCAAAUUCACCCUGAGUCAACCGGGUCUUUAGCCAUAGCAAGCAUGGAUUCUUUGGUUCAAGAAAUCAUCGGAGCCGCAUCUUCCAUGGGAUUGGUUUCCCAACAUAUGUCUCUUGGAACCACUUCAGGUAAUAAUAAUGGGAUAUCUAAACAGCCCAACUUUACCGAUGACUUUGCUGGUGGCAACUUAGUUCAGGAAAGAGGACAGGGGUCUUAUCCUAGUGUUGAUCAAACAUUUAGCUGGUAUGACCGGAAUAGCAUCCAUAAUAAUCGGAGUUUGCAAGUUGGUAAUGCUGAUAAGUUGAAGGAAAGGAAAGAAUUGGGUGAAAUGGUUCAAAGAAGCGAAAUCAGUGAAGGGUCACAAGGGGAUGCAGGUACCAAUUAUGAUAUAGUGGAAUUGGAUGCUGAGGACUUGUUAGCUAAGUACACACAUUACUGCCAAGUUUGUGGCAAAGGGUUCAAGCGAGAUGCGAAUUUGAGAAUGCACAUGAGAGCUCAUGGUGAUGAAUACAAGACCAACGCUGCUUUGGUUAACCCCAUGAAGAGUCACGAGGGAAGUAGUAAUGGCAUGGGAAACUGUUCGACGAAAUUCCCAAAGAGAUAUUCAUGCCCUUAUGAAGGGUGUAGGUGGAACCAGAAACAUGCCAACUUCCAACCCUUGAAAUCCAUGAUCUGUGUGAAGAAUCACUACAAGAGAAGCCAUUGUCCCAAGAUGUAUGUGUGCAAGCGUUGCAACCGGAAGCAGUUCUCGCUGCUGUCGGAUCUCCGAACUCAUGAAAAGCACUGUGGUGAUCUCAGGUGGCAAUGUUCUUGCGGAAACACAUUUUCUAGGAAAGAUAAGCUUAUGGGUCACGUUGCUUUGUUCGUUGGACACCGUCCAGUUGUUGCUCAUUCCUUACACUAAGCCACACCACUUCAACCAGAUGAUAUAGGAGGUAACAUAUGGAAUACUUGCUUUUCUUUCUAUUUAAAGUAAAGAGAUUAUAUAAUAAUAUUACAAUAAUUCUACA